GGUCACUGCUGUCAUUCGGUAGCUAACCAGCCGAAGGAAGUGGAGGAGACCCAGCGAGGAAGGUGCAGGAAAGACCCAACGAAACCGGCAACAUGUCUCUGUCCAACAAACUCACCCUGGACAAGGUGGACGUCAAGGGGAAGAGAGUCAUUAUGAGGGUUGACUUCAACGUUCCAAUGAAGGACAAGCAGAUCACAAACAACCAGAGGGUCAAAGCAGCCAUUCCCAGCAUCCAGCACUGCCUGGACAAUGGGGCCAAAUCUGUGGUCCUGAUGAGCCAUCUGGGCCGCCCUGACGGAAACUUCAUGCCAGAGAAAUACUCCCUGGAGCCCGUCGCUGCUGAGCUCAAGAGCCUGCUGGGGAAGGACGUCACCUUCCUGAAGGACUGCGUGGGUCCGGAGGUGGAAGCCGCCUGUGCUGAUCCCGCCACCGGAUCCGUCAUCCUGCUGGAGAACCUCCGCUUCCACGUGGCCGAGGAGGGGAAGGGCAAGGAUGCCUCUGGAAACAAGACCAAAGCUUCCCAGGAGCAGAUCGACUCCUUCAGGGCAUCUCUGUCCAAACUGGGAGACAUUUACGUCAACGAUGCUUUCGGCACGGCUCACAGAGCCCACAGCUCCAUGGUGGGAGUGAACCUUCCUCAGAGGGCAGCCGGUUUCCUGAUGAAGAAGGAGCUGGACUACUUCGCCAUGGCUCUGGAGAAACCUCAGAGGCCUUUCCUGGCCAUCCUCGGAGGAGCGAAGGUGAAAGAUAAGAUCCAGCUGAUCAACAACAUGUUGGAUAAAGUCGAUGACAUGAUCAUCGGCGGCGGCAUGGCCUUCACCUUCCUCAAAGUCAUCAACAACAUGGAGAUCGGCACCUCCCUGUACGAUGAGGAGGGAGCCGCCAUCGUUAAGGACCUGAUGGCCAAAGCAGAGAAGAACAAAGUCAAGAUCACACUGCCCGUCGACUUCGUCACCGCCGACAAGUUUGACGAGAAAGCCACUACAGGAACCGCAACCGUCGCUGAUGGCAUCCCUGCCGGCUGGAUGGGUUUGGACUGUGGACCAGAGAGCUCUAAGGCCAAUGCUGAGGUGGUUGGCAGGGCCAAGCAGAUUGUGUGGAAUGGCCCCUUGGGUGUGUUUGAGUGGGACAACUUUGCUAAAGGGACGAAGAGCCUGAUGGACAAAGUGGUGGAGGUGACCUCAAAAGGCUGCAUCACAAUCAUUGGUGGCGGCGACACUGCGACCUGCUGCGCCAAGUGGAACACAGAAGACAAGGUCAGCCAUGUGAGCACAGGGGGCGGAGCCAGUCUGGAGCUGCUGGAGGGUAAAGUCCUGCCAGGUGUGGAGGCACUGAGCAACGUCUAAACUUCCCAUCAGACCGCUGCAGCGUGUGUGAGAACAUGAAUGUGUGAGGAAGAGUGUGUGAGUGUGUGAGAGGUGGGUAGCUUCUCAGCCAGACUCUUGUUUACCUGUAAGCAAAAAACCUCCCGUUUUACCAGCUGUUUAAUCAUGGAUACUUUUGAAGUUCUCACAUAGAGGGGUCAUUUCUUUCGCAUUAAACAAGUCAACGCUCACAAGUAGAGCCUUCUGCCUUAUCUCAACAUGCUGAUGAAACUCCUCGAGUCAUGUUACUGUGUUUUUUUUUAAGUACCAAAAGGUCAAAUUGCUGGUGAAACAGAAGUUGUUUUUGCUCGGAUGUUGUCCUGCUGCAUGGACGCUGAAACACAGCAGAUUUAAUGACACAUCACCGUAAAUCUUUGAGUUGAGUCUGAAUCUGAGUUCAAAAUGAGUCUAGUUUAGCAACCUAAACAAUUAAGUGUCAUCACUCUUGCUAGUCUGCACCAGAAUUACUAAUCUAUUAGACUAAUUAUUUACAGUUUUAUUAGAGCAGGCCUGCACUGCUGGUUAAUUGUUGUGUCUAAGCUGUAAUGCAGCUGCUUGCCACUAGAUGGGGCUGUAGCUUCAGUUAGUGGGCCUUAUUCCCUUCUGCUCCUGUCUGGAUUUAAAGCAGCAAAGUAGACCAACGAUAACUUGAAGUGCAGAGUGAUUUUUAGUAUUUUGAUCAUGAAAAUGGAGAUACAGUUGUUACUAGGCUGUCAGGUUAAACUGGCACAAUGAGCAAAACGUAACCACAUUUAGCACAAGCAUGUGGACGUUAACCUGCAGACACUUUGAUCCAGCUCAGUCUGAGAGGAAAACACAACUCAUAACGACACAGGUGUGUGAGAUGUAUCAUAUUCUCUCACUUUAAAAUGGUCUGAUAUGAAAUUUCAGUUUAAUUGAUAGGGUCAUGAAUCACUGGGAACAUCGCUAGUUGAGGACCAGGUACAAUCAGAGUCUGAAUCUGGACGUCUCAUGAUCUCUGCUGUGUAGUUCAGCUCCAAUAGUUCACCACAAACACUGGCUCUUGCGUGUGUGUCUUAAGUGUGUAUUUUCCUGCGUCACUUUUGCUUUGCUUACCUUGGGAGUGUUACAUCGCCCUCAGUGUGUACACAUUCAUAGAGUAUAAAUAAAAAGUAUAGUGUAACGGUUUUUGUGAGCGUGCUCAUGUGGAUGUUCUGGCUCUCUGGUCGUGUGUCUCUGAGCAGCUUCAGACUCAGACGUCAGCCUGUUCAGGAUAAUAAAACUCUCUGUGUACAAA